AUAAAUAAUAAUACCCCCUGUUAAAAAAAAAAAUCCAUCACAGUACAAUUACACGACAGAAUGGUUCUAAAUCUAAGCAAGUUUAGUGCAGCUAAAUCGUCAAAAGUUUGUUGUUAUUGCUGUAGUCCCGUUUAAAAUAGAAACUUGCAGACGUUUAUGAGGACAAACACGUGAAACUGACACUUUCACUGCUGGGAGAAGAGGAGAAAAGGGAACUAAACUACCGAGACACUUAAAACGGGCAUGCUGGCUCACUUCCGCGGUGGGCAAGCUCCUCGUACUUGUGUUGGAGCGCCAGUGACAGCUGGGUUUAGCGAGGUCAUGAAAAAAAUAGGCAACACAACGUCACCUCGCGCUUUUCGAAGGGUUGUUGACGUCUUUGGGGACGGCAUGUUUAAAAGCAGGUCGCGCCGUGCCGGGAUCUGGACCGCAUACCUCCACUUCCUGGUUGCCCUGAUCCCAGGCUCAACCUCGGUGGGUAACGUGACAAAGACAAUAACAGCCUUCGUUACGGAGACAGUCAUCCUGCCCUGCCGCAUCACCGUGGACGGUGAACUCCCCACGUUGGAGUGGUCCAAGGAGGGACUAUCACCUCCAAACAUCACCUUUCUGUACCGGGACGGCUGCGAGACGUUUGGGAUGAAGAACCCGGCCCUCCUUUACAGGACAAACCUUGUCCUGAACGAACUGAAGGAUGGGAACAUCUCUCAGAUCAUUUACAACCUGAGGCCGUCUGACGGAGGCGUGUACCAGUGCAGGACCUUCAAGGGGGGACAGUGGAAAGUUCACGCGGUGCUGGUCCUUAACGUGGGUGCUGCCUCUGAGCCGAAGCUCACAGUCGUUCCCUCCACUUCUGGGGUAACCCUGGAGUGUACGGCACAGUGCUGGUUCCCCAAGCCUGAGAUAACAAUGCUGGAUGACGGAGGGAACGAGAUAAUAGCAGGAAAUCCAACAAGAGUUUCAGCCCCAGAGUGUUUUACCGUGACAGUGAGAGCAGAUGUGCAGACUCCCACCAACAGAGUGAUCUGCAGAGUCCAUGAGGCAUUGCUGAACCAGACCAGGAAAACAGAGAUUUUCAUUCCAGAUCACUGGACGCAGUCUUGCUCCUACAUGGCAAGCUCCACUGGAAUCACUGUUUUCUUCUUGACAGGUUUAAUUGUGUGUGGAAUCGCUUACUUGUUACACGGGAAAUUUUGCGGGAUGAGACAUAACCCCUGUCUGCCGAGAUGUGAAGACCAGCGGAGUACAGCCAGUCCAGAGAAAGAUCACAUGAACCCCAAAUCAAGUCAAAUGAAGCCAGAACAAGAGAGGCUCAAAUCUAAUCCCAGUGGUACCUCACAGCAAGACCAGUCCAGACGUGACUGCAGAGAUCCACUAAAUGGCACAGAACAAGAAACCCAACACUCAAGUUCCGACAGGUCAACAGGACCAGCCACAUCCAAGAUGAAAGAUGCAGGACUGGCAGACAAAUACCCCAGUCCUCAGAAGAAAGACGGACCUGAAAAUAAUCCUGCUUCCGCUCCCAAGGAAACUAAUCGGCUCCGUGUUCCUAGUUUGCACAGGUCUCUAAGUCACCGGUCAAGUUCAAGUGAGGAAUCAGAGUUACUGAUAGAAAAACCAUAAAGCAACAACAACUACAAUGUGGAAGGGACAGGAACGUAGUCUAAAAAAUGUAAUUAUGGACUUGAAUAUGGCAUCCCCUUUCCUAUAUUAGCCAUAUAAUACAUAGAAAGUUAUUGGGCUUCAGAGAGUAAUAAAAAGGUUUCAAAAUAAUGUGCUUACACACAUCUAGUAUUUCUAAAAUAUUUUUUCCUGUAUACAAUUCUUUUUGUAUUUUAGAAUUGUGUGUGAGCUUUAUUCUGAACAGGGGUGUGGGCUGCGCAGCUACUGUAUGAUUAGUAAGUGACUAAUAGGAUUUCUACUGACUGUUGACUGUUGGACAAAGGUCUGGUUGGUCUCCACAUCCAUAGAAAGACCACGAGUUGAAAAAAACAGCGGGUACUCGAUAUACUUAGUGUCAACAACAAACUGAACCUAUAAAGAUCGAGCAUUUGUACAAGUCAAUAAGUGAAAUGCACCAGAAAUAUGUAUACUUUUGUUUCUUUGUUGUGCAUUGUGUAUGCUGAGGAUCAUGGUUUCAAUAUUUUUUAAAAUCUCAAGUGCUCAGAUCAAGUAUUUUCUCAGGUGUUUCGUCUAAAAAGCUGCUGCAGUACUUCUCUAGACAUAAACAAAAUGCUCUGUGUGUAUGUACCCGUUUCACCAGGCAAAUUAUUUAACAAAUACUUUGUACAGAAGUUUUCUACAGUCCGUAGGUUUUAUUGCUCUUUGCUUUUCAUGUUUAUGUUGAUAUGUUCUCUGUUGAAUUUCAUGUUUUAUAAUGUCCGAGAUAAUAAAAUGAAAUUGUAUAUUUGUAUAUUUCUCUUGCAUUUUUGAAGUUCGUAACAGCAUGCUAAUAUGCUGAGGAGAAAAUCCAACCCUUACUGGCAAUUCUUUCUUCAAGGCAGGGAAAAAAAACGUUUCUGUUGUGCAAUGUAUAUGUUUAAGAAUUUGUUCUUUCAUAAUACAGAUUUUAUGUCAAUGUUUUUCUUUAUGUUUUAUGUAGUUAUUAGUUGUAGUAGUUUACUUAAAGGGAUUAAUCAUAUGUUAGAAUGCAAAAUCAGACAACCAGCUUUUCAGACAGCGCAAGCGCUGCAAAAAAGUUGUGUAAGCUGAAAGCAAAACAAGUUGUGGUGACCACUGGGAGCCCUGUAAGAAAAUCAAGCUGACGUGUUUCACUGCGUAUAACCAGACAACAUCUUUAUAACAUCUUUUCACUUUGUUUUUGGGUUCAUACGGAUGCUUCAAACUGGAACAUAAUAAUGUCUCGGAGAUAGACCUUGUCUCCUCCCUGAAUGGUCUGACGGUCUUCCUAUUGUGUUUAUACUUGAAAAUGAUUUGUUUUAAAGAGUUGAACAUGGCACCUUCAGGCAUCUGGAAUUUUUCCCAGUCUUGUGGAGGUCCAAAAUUCUCCUCCAUGUAUCUUGGUUGAUUUAUGUUGAUUUUUCCAUGAUGCCCCACAAAGAAGCUGUGUUUGAGGUAUCCCUUAAAAUAAAACAUCUACAGGCA